AUGGCUGGGAUGGAAGUGGCUGUAGCAUCUGGAAUAUUGAAGGUUGUGAGUAACAAGUUAGCUCCACUGCUAAUGAAAGAGUAUAGCUCUAUAGUGGGUGCAAAAGAAGAUCUCCAAGAGCUCCAUGGUCAGAUUGUGGAGAUCAACAAAUGGUUGGAAAGAGGAGAUAAAGCUGUGGGGAAUGACCCAUCAUUAAAUUGGCUCAAACAAUUGAAAGGCAUUGCUUAUGAUGUUGAUGAUAUUGUUGAUGAGUUCCAGUUAGGCCGAAAAACAUGA